GGUAUCCGUAUAAACAACUAAGAACAAAAAAACAGUAACAUAUAAAAAAAACAUCAAUUUUCUAUUUUCUCGAUCUUUAGUCCUUAAUCGUUGUCUAUUUUUCCUUUUAACCCGAAUUAUAUUUGAGAGAAAACGAUUUGACCUUGCUUCUUCUGAAAUCAAGUUAGGGUUUUCUUUUUCUUUGUUGCCCUAGCAGAAACCGAUUCUCAUCACGAGGAGCCGCCUCUGCUUUAUAGUUGUAUACCGAGCCAUAAAACCUAAGGAAAACAAAAGCUUAAGAGAAACACAUGGAGGAAAAGGGCACUCAAGAUGGCCCAAAACCGUCACAGGAUUCUGGCUUGCACAGACUUUACUUCAAGGGUUUGACAAGGGAGGAAACAAGAGGGCUGGUGGCAGGAUUUGGGGUUGCAAUUUGCGGCCAAGAGGAUAAUAUCUUGUUUCAGAUGAAAGGAUCAAUUCAUGACUCCGCGAUUACGGGUUUGGAGGCUGAGCUUAUGGCAUUGAAACGAGGACUAACCGAAGCCGUGAGUUUGGGGAUCACUCAUAUCUCAAUCUACUGCGAUCAUUAUCACAUUUUUGAACUUGUCACGGGGAGUUCCGGGCCUGAGAAAGAUAGCAUUGCCUUGCUAAUGAAUGAUGUGCAACGCACCAGACAACAACUGACAUCUAGCACCCCUCUUCUGGUGACUGGAGAUCAAACUAAUAAGGUUGCUUAUAAACUUGCAUCGGAAACACUCGUUUCUGAAAUCAGCAUAAGUAUGCCUCCUUGUCAUAAGAAGAACGCUUUUUGCGGUAUCUGUUUCGAUGAUGAUCUCGAAGCUGAACAGAUGUUUUCUGUUGCUUUAUGCGGUCAUAAAUUCUGCUUGGAGUGCCUCAAACUACAUAUACAAGUUGAACUAAUGGAGAGGGUACCGAGAUGUCCUCGUUACGGCUGCAAAUCGAAACUGACUAUUGAAAGCUGUGCCCAUCUUUUGACACCUAAACUAAGAGCCAUGUGGGAACAAAGGAUCGAAGAGACAACUAUAACAGAUUGGGCAAUGUGUGCAAAGUGCCAACAAAUGGCUGGAGUAGCUCAUGGGUUUUGCCAAAUAAGUUGCAGAUGUGGGUACUCCUUUUGCUACAUAUGUGGAGCCGAAUGGAAGCUGCUAGGAGCCGGUUGCAUUCAUCGCAACAAAGAGAGAUUCGCAGAAUUCGCCAUUAGACUCUCUUCCGAGAAUCCAACCAGACCCCACAGACCUUCUCCUCCUCCACGGAACAAAGUCUUCGUCAAGAAGACGACAGACACGACACACCUCGAUUACUCCAAUCUUGUUAAGCUGGAGAAGGCGGGAUCGCACUCGGGUUCCAAUCCCGCUCCGCCUUCGGGUUCGGAUCCAAUUAAUCGGGUUCCCCUUGCUCAGGUCGUCGAGGAUUGCGUCAGACGCUGGUUUCAGGAUACGCUCAAGGAAGCCAAAUCUGGUGACGUUGGUAUGCAGGUUUUGGUUGGUCAGAUGUAUUGCAGCGGCUAUGGAAUCCCUAAAGAUGAAAACAAGGGUCGUGCUUGGAUUAACAAAGCUUCAAGAACUAGAUCAUCAGCUUGGCAAGUGAGUGAUAAGCCUCCAGGUUAUAAUGCAAGCGAUUCAGAUUCCAAUGAUAAGAAAGAUUGAUGAUCAUCUUUCGAAUGUUUGUAUUGCCAGUGACUUUGAUUUGUUAGUUUCUCUCUCCUUUGUUUAAUUCUACUUGAUGUAUUCAAAUUUGAAGCUUUUGUAUCAUCUCAAUGGUCAAAAAGUGGCCCUCAAGUUAUUUAUUACCACGCAGUCAAGUAAUUUAACUGCGAGUCUGUUGUAGCUGAAAUCAUUGCAUUACCAAUAGAUUUUGCCACGCUUUCUCUGUUUCUUUGUCCCCAGAAGUAGAAUCAAACAGUUUGCCAAGA